UUCUUAUUUGCGUUGGAUUUGUAAACAGUAGAAACUAGAAGGAUUGUGUAAACAAACAAUUUUAAAAUUGCUUUAUUGCUUCGGCUCUGAAGUCUUAACUUGUCGAGUAUCUAAACUUAUUUAGCUAUGCGUGAUCCGGUACACGUGACAUUUCUUCCUAUGGCCCAGCUAUAGCAGUUCGUUAAUUUCAAGUGCAUUAUUUUUUUGAAGAAUUAAUUGACAACCAUGAAGCUGGAGGUAGAUAAGAGUUUGCUACCAAUUAAGAUUCACUUCUUCUUCUUCUUUGCUGCUCUAGGACCAAUCCUGCCACAGAUAAAUGUCUUCGGUCGCCAAUUGGGCGUAUCCGCGGCUGUCAUGGGAAUGGUUACAGCUGUGCUGCCACUUCUGUGGGCCGCUGCUAAACCAAUGGUUGGUUAUGUAGUGGAUUAUUGGCCGAACCACAGAAAACUAAUAUUCAUGCUACUUAUUAUAAUAAUGUCUAGCUCAUAUUGCUGUCUAUGGUUCCUGUCUGUUCCUGACGAACCUGAAAAAAUCUUAGAAUCGAUAUACAACCUCAACGACACAGUAUAUAUAAAACCUCAUACAACUUUAGAUAGCUUGACACUUGAGAAGUACAACUGCCACUGGAAUUGUUCCACAGACGACAACUUUAAUGUGUAUCUAUCUAACUCCACGCAAGUAAGCACAAUGUAUAUAGACGGAACAGUGACAAAUACAUCUUGCUCGCUCUUACAUAUGCAAAUGGAGAAUGGAGGGCGCGAGAUAGCAUGCCUGCCGAAACAGGACUGCAAUUUACUCUGCUACGAAGCGACUUUAGAUGCGCUGGAAAAUUAUGAUGGCGGGAUUGACGAAAAUUAUUUGAGUUUUUACACGACUGUCACGUUUUGGGGAUUUGUACUCAUGAUGAGCGUGGGGACGGUCGCGUUUAAUGUUGCUAACUGUAUUGGGGAUGCUGUUUGCUUCGAUGUUUUAGGACCCGAUAGAGGCCCAAAGUACGGUGCCCAAAGGGCAUGGGGCACAGUGGGAUAUGGCAUAACUGCUUUAUUGGGGGGCUGGCUUAUCGAUCUCUUCUCUGGGACAUAUAAGAAUUUUACCCCGGCGUUUAUAAUAGCAAUCGUGGCCACCUUCGUAGAUUUGGCCAGCUGUAGGAUGUUAACUCUACCCUCACUUUCGAGUCCGACAGAUUCCGGUAAAGCUUUAAAAAAAAUAUUAAAGAUACCAAAAGUUAUUGUCUUCAUAAUGUUCGCGGUCGUUGCUGGAUUUUUCGACAGUUUCAUCAUUUAUUAUAUGUUUUGGUUUUUAGAAGACCUAGCAGAAGUGACAGGAACAAAAUCGAAUAUUAAACUUAUAGAGGGCACCAUUGUAGCCGGACAGAGUUUUAUUGGAGAAGUGUUGUUUUUCUUUUUUUCCGGAAAAAUAUUAAACCGUUGGGGUUAUGGCACUACUCUUACUUUCUGCCUCUUCUGCUACGGAGUGAGAAUGAUCGCUAUCUCCCUCAUACAGCACCCAUGGCACCUUGUCUUUGUUGAGAGUAUAAUGCAAGGUCCGACCUACGCAUUAUGUUAUUCAACGAUAGUUGGCUAUGCAGCUCAUGUUGCACCUGAAGGUUAUUCAGCAACUGUACAAGGGAUUGUCGCUGGAAUGGACGAUGGUGUGGGUUUCGCUCUUGGGUCCCUAGUAGGGGGUCAACUGUACAGUCGUGCGGGGGGUAGAGGGUCAUUUCGUAUAUUGGCUGGCAUUGCACUUUUCGCUGCGGCUGUCCACGCGCUUUUAUUCGCUUGGCUCACGCGAAAUGACUCAGAAGAAAAGCGACCGGAAGUGACGUCACAAGAGGAGGGCGAAAAAAUGCUAACAUUUAAUAAUAGCAUUUAUCGGGACACAGUUGUCCCAGUUGUAAAGAAUGAUAGUAUUUUGUAAAAUUUAUUACUGUGAUAUAGACAAUUCAAGAGAUUUCUUUUAUAAUAUUUUCUUGCCAUAUUUAAUUUUAUCUAGUUGUAAGGAUUAUUUGGAUUGUUUCCCAUUCUUUUGGACGCAUAUUAUAAGGAUUGACAGUCAAGCGUAAAAAGCCUCAUUUGUGUAAACUGUUGUUUUUGAUUUCUGUUCUGUGCCAAAGAUUUUAAAAAGAUAAAGAGAUUUAAAAAAUCCAAAGAGUCGCUUGUAUAACGAGUAUUAAUUUAUACGAAAACAAACAACAAUACGAUAUUUAUUAUUUAGAUUUAAGAUGGAGUCGAAAGUACGACAUUUUCAGCACCUCUAUAGAUUUUAAAAAUUCUACAUAUCAUAAAGUACAUAUUUUACUACUUUGUCUAAAAUGUAAUUUUUAUAUAAAUUUUGAA